GCACUAUGACACACGGUAAGACAUCCCAUGCAUUAGAUAUCAAGAUGAGCUCUUGGGCGAAGGGGACUGCUAUAAUUUCGACUUCGGUGGCGCACUGGCGAAGCCAGAAGCAGUAAGGCGAUCUAAGUUCGACGGCUAGGAAGUUUAGCAUGUCUCAUGCCCAAGUCCUAAAAGGGGAACUCGCCGCUGCGGUGUGUCUGGCAGAAGGGUUUCUGAGAGCUUUGUGCAAAGAGGAAACUUUCACGCGGUUUGCGCAGAGCGUAGUUAGAGAAGGCAGCCUCCAAGCAUACUGCCAGCGUUGCUACCCCGAGACGGUUCCUUCUUCGAUCUCUUUCGGUGAAUCAUCUGGCCUAUGGCGCUUUCCCGAAAAUAGUAUCUUCCUCCCUAUAGAUCUUCCUCCACUCGGGCGUGGAUCUGCUUCUCGAUCCUUGUACUAGAAUGCCCACAAGAGGAAGACUACAGAUAAUGCAAAGCUGAUGGGAACUAUGCUAAUGCUAGUAUUAGUGUCUUUCAGGUUUGACAUUUUAUCCUGAACAC